AUGUUAAACAACAAUCUUCUUAACGCUGCACUUAAUACUUUAAUAGGUGGCCAAAAUAUUGUUUCGGAAAAUGAGUACAAUAUAAAAGAAGCCCAAGGUCAUUACGUCAGUAGUCAACGGGUUGACUUGCCCUCAUUUCAUCAAGCGAGCCUUGUAGGUGGUAAAGUAGACUCAUUCUCGGUUCAGAAAUUAGAUUCAGUCUCGGUCAGGAAAUUAGAUCCAACACCCAAAGAUAUUAUUUUUGUAAAAACUUUGACUGGUAAAACUAUUGAGCUACCUUUCAAUAGCCUUUUGACCAUUUAUGGACUAAAGCGGAAAAUUCAAGAUAAAGAAGGCAUUCCACCGGACCAACAACGUUUAAUGUUUGAUGGAAGGCAGUUGGAGGAUGGUAGAACGAUUUCUGAAUGUAAUAUCAAACGCGAAAGUACGUUAUCUGUUUUAGGCUUGAUGCUCCAAGAUAUUAUUUAUGUAAGAACUCUGACUGGUAAAAUUAUUGAGCUAUGUUUCAGUAGCCUUUCGACCAUUGAUAAAAUAAAACAGGGAAUUCAAGAUAAAGAAGGCAUUCCACCGGACCAACAACGUUUAAUUUUUGAUGGAAAGCAGUUGGAGGAUGGUAGGCUGAUUUUUGACUAUGAUAUUAAACGCGAAAGUAUGUUACAUCUUGUUUUACGUCUUCGUGGUGGUGGAGAAGUAAUCAGUUGUUUGAGCUCCGAUUUUUUGCAUCCAGAAUAUAAUUAUGAUUUUACAAAUAUUAAUGACAAUGGAAUUAAACAUAAACGUGGCGGCGUUUCUUAUCAACGUCCGUGCGGAUGGAAACGUUAUGCUUUAAAGGUUACCGGAAAGUACGAUAACGGUGAUGACAAAUGGCUUGGUACUGACAAGGAUUCUUGGCCGGUAACAUAUCAUGGCACUGCUAAUCAUAAUGCGAAUUCAAUUGCUGCUGAUGGAUACUUAUUGAGCAAAGGGAAACGGUUUGCUUUUGGCCAUGGUAUUUAUUCCACGCCAGAUGUGGCAGUGGCUGAAUUGUAUGCACCGGAGUUUGUAUUUGAGGGAGUGAAAUACAUAUUGAUAAUUCAAAAUCGAGUAAAUCCCAAGAAUUUGGAAAAGAUUAGGACAAGCACAACUGGUGUCGGUGAUUAUUGGAUCUCAAAGAGUGGCGAAGAUGUCAGGCCGUAUGGAAUUUGUAUCAAAAAAAAGAAUUGA